AUGUCCAGCCAGCCUCUCCUCCAGACCGCGCCCGGUAAGGAAACCCCUCAAGCUCCGCCUCAUUUCAUCCCCGGAGAGCCCAUUCACCAGCAUCUCGAGCAAUCCGCCUUUGCUAACAGACCAACUCUAGGCAAGCGCAUCGCGCUCCCGACCCGCGUCGAGCCCAAGGUCUUCUUCGCCAACGAGCGGACCUUCCUGUCAUGGCUCAACUUCACCGUCAUCCUCGGUGCGCUGGCCAUCGGCAUGCUCAACUUUGGUGACAGGCCCGCCUUCAUUUCGGCCUUCCUGUUCACCGGCGUCGCCAUGCUCGCCAUGAUCUACUCGCUGAUAACGUAUCACUGGCGAGCGAGGUCCAUACGCAAGCGCGGCCAGGCCGGCUUCGACGACCGCUUCGGCCCGACCUUCCUCGCCAUCAUCCUGCUGCUGGCCGUCGUCGUCAACUUCAUCCUGAGGAUCACCUACGCCUCCAACAACAAGUCGCCGCAGCCUUGA